ACUUGGCAACAAACGAUGUUGCGCAUCAAGGAUCCACUGAAAGCCGUUCCGUUCUACGAAAAUUUAGGUUUCACGUUGAUCGACAAGUUUGAUUUCCCGCAGUACAAGUUUAGCUUGUACUUUCUGACAACACUACCCGAGGGUGAACCCUACAAUCUCCAACCAGGUACCCAAGCCGCUCACGACUACCUGUGGACAUUGGAAGGUGUUGCGUUGGAGUUAACGCAUAACCACGGUACCGAAUCGGACACUUCCUUUUCCGGAUACCACGCCGGCAAUCAAGAAAAGGACGGCUUUGGACACGUUGCCGUGAAUGUGGAUGACGUGUACGCGGCUGCCGACUCUCUGGCCGAGGCGGGCUACCGGUUCAAGAAGAAGCCGGACGAAGGACGCAUGAAGGGUCUCGCCUUUGUGUACGACGCGGACGGAUACUGGGUGGAGCUUGUGAAACGGGGCGAGAACUCGGGCAUUGCGAACGACUGCAACUUUUCCCAAACGAUGCUGCGCGUCAAGGAUCCCCGCAAGUCGCUGGCCUUCUACAAAGCUAUGGGGAUGAAGUUGUUGUCGGAAAAACACUUUAACGAUUUCAGUCUCUACUUUCUGGGAUCUUCGAACGUAGCGGACGGAGCGGACACCAAAACGCUUUUUCAGCCAGUCUUGGAGCUGACUCACAACCACGGUACCGAAAACGAUGACGAUUUUCGGUAUUACAACGGGAACGAAGACGGUCGUCAGGGAUUUGGACAUAUUGGUUUCCUAGUGGACGAUGUCUAUAAAGCGUGCGAUGCCCUUCGUCCGCUGGGUUUCGGUUUCCGCAAGGAACCCGACGGAGGAUCGAUGAAAGGGUUAGCCUUUGCCUACGAUCCGGACGGCUACAGUAUCGAGAUCAUCAAACGUGGAGGAAUCGACUUUGGAGACGCUUUACAGGAAUAA